AAGGAUUCACAUCAGUGGAUCCCUUGAAAUUCGUAACAGAAGAGGAAAAACAACAGUGGAUUUCACUCAGUCAAAUUGCUCCAGAUGCAGUUGUACUUAAAAAUAUAAGUCUGGAUUUAGGUGAAACAACACACCAUGAUGAUAGCGAAACAGAAACUGCGGAUGAAAAUGAAAAAAACAUUCUUCCUGAACCAUUGACAUACAUAUACGACUCCGCUGCCAUAAAUAAAAAUGAAAUAGAAAUAAAUAACAUUGCUCAAAAAAAUUACAAUCAAUACAAAUCCUCGUGCUUUGAUAUACAGUUUGAAAACUUGAAAAAAUUCACAGAAGCUCAAAGCCUUAGCGACAAAUGGAUGCUACAUCGAGCUGGGCGAAUAACAGCUUCAGUUUCAAAACUUGCCUUCACUUCAGAUUUGAAAAAAACAAAAACGUUAAUUGAGACCAUCAUGCAAUAUAAAGAGCCUGUUGACGUUGUUGCAACAAGAUAUGGGAAAAGAAUGGAGAAUAGAGCUCGUUCAGUAUAUGAACAACAUGUCAAACAACACCAUGUUGAUCUCCAAGUUGUCACAACUGGACUUCAUAUUGAUCCAAACUUUCCAUAUCUUGCAGCAAGCCCUGAUGGAUUAGUGAAGUGCAAAUGUCAUGGUCAGAGUUUAGUUGAGAUCAAAUGCCCAUUUAAAUAUAAAAAAAGUUUGAAGCUAUGGAGAAACGAUAAAAAUUGUCCCAUUGAUAAAGCUGGGAAAUUCAAAAAAAAUCAUGCUUAUUACUUCCAAGUACAACAUCAAAUGUUAGUAACUAAAAUGAAUUAUUGUGACUUCUUUGUUUUUUCACAAGGAAAGCAAGAAAAUGAUACUUUUCUGAUCAGGGUUACAAAAAAUGAACCAUUUUGUCGGAAACUUCGUGAAAAACUGGCCAUUGUAUUCGAAAAGGUUUUGUUACCAGAGCUUGUCACUCGGAAAAGUGAUCACAAGUUACUAAAUGAAGAAAAGGUGUAUUGCAUAUGCAGAAGACCAUCCUUCCCACCUAUGAUUGGUUGUGACAAUUUAGGCUCAUGUGACAUAGAAUGGUUCCAUUAUUCUUGUGUGAAGAUAACAAGAGCACCGAAAACUUGGCUAUGUUCUACCUGUCAGAAUAAUAUUAAAAAAAAAUAGUGUGUCACAUUAUAUCAAAGUAAUAUAUGUAAUAUAAUAUAACAAUAUGUUAGUUGUGUGCGAAGUAUCAAAUUCUCUGUAAUAAUGUAUGUUAUAAGAAAAGGUGUAUUGCAUAUGCAGAAGACCAUCCUUCCCACCUAUGAUUGGUUGUGACAAUUUAGGCUCAUGUGACAUAGAAUGGUUCCAUUAUUCUUGUGUGAAGAUAACAAGAGCACCGAAAACUUGGCUAUGUUCUACCUGUCAGAAUAAUAUUAAAAAAAAAUAGUGUGUCACAUUAUAUCAAAGUAAUAUAUGUAAUAUAAUAUAACAAUAUGUUAGUUGUGUGCGAAGUAUCAAAUUCUCUGUAAUAAUGUAUGUUAUAUAAUGCCUUUGUUCAAGUUCACCAAAGCACAUAUAACGAUAAACACAUCGUCCAAUAAAUCUACUUGAGUGAUAGGUAUGGUUGUGUUCAAAAUUUCAAACUUUCUCAAACGUCCAAUAACUCUCUCAAUGUGGAUUCGAACAUUGGCUAUUUUUCGAGAUCGAUCUACAUCCAUUGCUGACAUUUGUUCCUUCCCUAUGGUAAAUUCAGGUAUUUUUAAUACCACGCCUCGUGUUGCCAACUCUUGCUCGAUAAGGAAUCCUCGAUCAGCCAAAACAAGAUCUCCAUUUUCGACUAAAUCCAAAAAACCACUUUUUAUUGUUAUUUCCUUAUCAGAGACUCUACCUCCCCAUCCUUCUGAUAGGAAACUAACACU